ACCCGCUCAAAUGAGGAUGAUUCUGGAUACCGCGCUGACUCGGUUCCGCCUGUCUCAUAAUCUCGAAUAGUCGAAGCUAUAUCAAUUCGUAUUCGGUCCCCCUUCCCAGCAGACUUUGGCUAUUGAAGCUAAUUCCGUCAACCCUAUUACGCGCUUGCUCUACCACCAGAAGCCAAAAAUGAAGUUGUCCAUCAUAGCUACGAUCGUGGCGGUCGCCAUCACUUCUACGGAAGCAUGUGCCAAGUACAAGACUUGCUGGUGUGAGAGAAGCAACUUCAUGUACGAGGGCAGGCUGCAAGACAACAUCCCCUGGGACGAAGACACGGUCAAGGCUUGCGUGGAUCCCGGAACGGCUGGAUACUACGGGCAGAACUUUAAGGAGUGCCACCGCUACAAGAAGUCCUUCUUUGCGUUCAUCCCUUCCAAGGCUAUUAACAACUGCGAUUGGACCAAGAAAUGCCAAUCGGUUGGUGCCACGACUGGAUACUGCCGAGAGAAGAUUUGAAUACCUCAAAGUUCGAGAUAAUGAUACAAGUAAUGCUUACUUCAACUUGGUCAAUUUGCAGUGUCAUCGCCACCAACCGUGUCAAUAUCUCACAGGCCGUUCAGGAUGGGCCCGGAUCAGAACUACGGGACACUUAGUCGUGAAGAUCUAUGGCGCAUGCAUGAUGUAGUCCGACCAAAGAUGUUGUCGAUGUUGCAACACCUGAAAUCCAAUGACGU